UGCUGCGGCAUGCACAACAAUUCUACGCCCCACACCCCCCGAUUACGAUUUACCACGCUUGCAGGGCUAAUUCUAGAAACUUCUCUCACCUUCCAUCGAUUGUCUCGCAGCACCAAAGUCACCGAUUCCACGGGCUUCUAAAACAUGACAAUGAGAUCGAUCGCCCGACGGCCGACACGACAGGACAACUGCUAGACCGAGCCAGCACCAGCGGCCGCCCGCGGCCUGGCAUUUGUCCUGCCAUGGAUCAAAUAUCGCAGACCGGCCUGUCUGCCGGCUCUGCACACCUCGAACCAUGACAUGAAAUCUGUACACUCACCUUCUUCGCCUCUCCUGCGUGUGCACGUGCACUCGCAUACUCGAUCACGCCAAUGGCGAACUACAACAGCGACAACAUGGUGUCCGCCAACCCGACCGACAUGUCCCUGACCUUUGGGUCUGAUACGGUCCAGCUAGAGCGGGCGCUAGCGGAGGCCGACGGCAUGCUCGCGGGGAUGCAGAUCCUCGACAAGGCCGAGCCGCUGGACGACGACGAUGACGACGACGACGACGACGACGACGACGGCAGUCGUCGGCGCACCGCCAACCGCCCGGGCGAGCCGCAGCUCCUCGGCUACGCCGAUGUGUGGGACGCCGCACCCUCCGCCCAGCUCCACCAGACCAGCAGUCCCGGUUCGAUGGAGCUCGUGCCGCGGACGGCGCCGUCGGGCCUCAGCCGGCGCCGCGAUGCCAGCAGCACCACUCGCACGAGCGCCGACUCCGGCGCAUCAUCAAUGCAGCAAUGGGACGUGCUGCGUCAGCUACGGCGAGCCAUGAUCUCGCACCACGGGCGGUUCCAGCAGGCCAUCGCCACUCACUCCGCACUCAACCACACGCCCCGAGCAGCAGCCCAGCUAGCAGCCGCAUACCCCUCCGCGCGGGCGAUGCGCGACAAGGGCAUCCUCGUGUUCCGCGACAUCCUGCACGGCGCGUCGCCGACCAGCCUGGCGGGCGUGUUCGCGUUCGCGAGCCUGUCAUUCGCCGUGUCGCAGCUGCUGCUGGAGCGCGGCCGCCUGCAGCGCGCGCACCUGUUCCUGGGGCUCGCCGUGUGGCGCGACGCGAUCCACGACGGCGAGGAGCGCGAGGCCUUCUCGUGGCUCGCGCGCGCGCUGUGGCCCGAGGCGGCCGCGCAGCUGGUUGAUUCUCCUCCUGCGAACUCGCAGCAGGGGGGCGGGCUGAUUGAGUAUGGUGCGGCGGCGCCCGGGCCGUCGGUGUCGAGAGAUGGUAGUGGCGGCCAGGGCGGAGCGCUGCCGACGUUGGAGGAGAUGGUGCUGCAGCUGGCGGAUCUGUCGCACGUGGAGUUCCAGUUCUUCGAGCUGGGGGGCUUGGCGGGGCAGGAGCAGGAGGGCGAAGCGUUUGGCGGGCAGGCGUCGGCGAGGGCCGGGAACAACACAUCAGGCAUGGCGACAGGAGCGGCGCGUAAUGACGCUAGGCGGACAUUGGCCUCUGCGCCGCCAUCCCAGCGCUAUUGCCUACCGUCGUCGGAGACGCCGGACGAGAAACCGCCUGCCAGAGCCACCGGGGAGGCAACAAAGCGCACGCGCAUCUUCCUCGCCGUUGCGGACUUCGUCAAAGACGUGGGCGGGUUCCUGUACGGGCUGUCGGGGAACGGCAUGACGGCUCGGAAGCGCGAGGUGCACGAGGACGACGGGGGGCUGGCCCGGACGGACGACCGCUCGCGCUUCGAGCGGCACACGAGGCGGGAGUUCUUUGAUCGGCUGCUUGUUGAGAACGCCGACCCCGUGUUCAUCGGGCUGCUGUCGGCGGCGAAGAAGUUCGUGGCGCUGGGGUGCCUGCAGACUAUGGAGGAGGUGCUGGAGCUGCUGACUCGCGUCUCGAGGGUAAGUUUGCUGCGCUUUUCUCUGGCAGUUGAAGAUGGCACAGGAGCUGACUGGGACGCUGUUAACAGAACAUCCUACUGGCCGGCGAGGCCUGGCGCACCUUUAUGGAGUGGAUAUAUGGCCGGUCUGCGGCGCUGAGAUCGCAGCGCCGCACCCCAAGACCAGAGCGAGCGUCCCCGUCCUCCUCGGAGAGCCAUGGCCAGCCACCAAGUCCGCGAAGCAAGAUUUCCAAGUCCAAGUGGGUCGAUUCAUUGUUCUACUUGUUCCGCAUGCAAGUGAUCGACACAACCGCUGACGCGAAUCCUUAGCAGACGAGUCUAUCC